GCAUAAAUUCAUACGGCUCGCAGUGCCCAGUAGCAUUGAGGAUGGUAGCGUGCAUCCUUCUCCUCGAAAUAACGGCCUUCCUGCGAGAAACCUACCAAACGCUUCCAAAGUCAUCGCGACUGUCAACGAAAGAGCGUCCAGCACCUUGGGAGAGGAUGUACAGCCGAGAAGCGAACCGCCGGUGGAGCAUGGCGUUGUCCUCAAUGGGUCACUCCCAGACGUCAGCCCAGAGUCUGCAGUCUAUAGCCGGGGACCGCGAGACUGCUGGUGAGUUGAGGGAGUUGAUCGAACGGGGCUCAUGGAGCUACGCUAAUCCCAUCACCAAUAUAUAUCAUCAACCAUCUGACUCAAUCGCCCUCGACUUUCGAUCAGAGCGAAAAAUCAGCUUUGUCCUCCACGAGCCAGACAACGAGUCCGAGGGUAGCAGUAAGUCGACCGUCACAAUACAACCCGACGAUACCAUGACCCACCAACAGCAGCUGAUUAAUGACGCGGUCCUCAGUCAGACGAGUGACAAGAAACGCGUCUCUGCGACGCCCAGCGGUAGACCUUUCUUACUUCGACGCGGUACUGCCGGCAAUACUGGAUCAUUCAAGCGACGUAGUCUUAAAUUAAGACGUAAUACUAAAGAGGGAAAAGACAUGGAGUGCGAGGCUUGUAAGUUCCUGGUUCCACAUUCAGCCUAGGACUGGUCAAAGUCAACAAUUACUUUUUUCUUUUUUUUUUGAAGUGAAACUUCUUUAGAAUCGUUGUGAUUUCAAACCGGAUGCAACGAAAAAACGACAGGUAAGAGACACAAAUACAAAAAUGUGUAGGAUGAAGCCAGGGGAAAGAAUGAGACAGAAAUAUACAUACAAUUUGUAUAUUAUCGGUCUCUCCUCUUUGUGCCAUACUUCGUAGCGUCCCCACUCCCGUCUUCUAAGCAUAGUCGCCUGUAAUUUGUGAGCCAGAGCGAGAGAGCAGAUGUCAGUGUGUAUGUAUAUUGCACACUGUUUAAUACGUGCUUGUAUUUGAGCAUUUAACGUGUGUAGUGCAUGUGAAAACUACGUGAGCUUACUGUACACUGUAUGCGGCUGCGUAUUACAGCGUUUUAGUAAGAUAGCGUGGUGUGUUAUUAUUUAACUGUUUGUGAGUAUUUUUAUAUCUUGUACUAAAUAAUAAAUUUUAUAAAAUGCCGAAAACUAAUGCCGAAAUGUGUCGUCAAUAUCGACGCAAAAAAAAUGAAAUUAAAAUGAAAAAAAAUUCAGCAAAAAGUUCAACAGAACGUAGUCGCGAGUUUCGUGCACGUAAAAAACAAUUAUUGAACAAUCAAAAUAGAUGUUCAGAUAUAAGUGUCAAUGUGACUGAUGUAAUAAAUGACCACUCUCAGCAACAAAAUAGUGUUCCAACGGGAUAUAAUUUAGUAAAUAAUGAUUGUAAGUAAGACAAUCCGAAUUCGGAUGUAAACAGUGAUUUACGUCUCGCAACCCUAAAUAAACUUGGUGCCAUUGCAAAACGGAAAGAAAAUUUAAUGCCUAACGACCAAUAUUAUGAGCUGAUGAAAAUGGCAAACCAAAAACAAAAGGAACUUUUGAUGCACGUCAUUUACAAUCUUCAGUUGGAAGAUCCUCCUCCGCUGCAAAUAUUUUUUACAGGACCAGCUGGAUGUGGUAAAACAUUUGUUAUUAAAUUAUUAAUGGAAAUUUAUAAUCGAUAUUCUGAAAGUGAUGGGUUUUGUAAUGCUUAUAUCGCUUGUGCUUCUACUGGUAAAGCUGCUGUGGCUAUCAAUGGGACAACAGUACACACUGCACUGAAGAUAAGUCUUUCAAAGUUGCUUCCUUUAUCAAUUGAAGUAGCCCAACAAUAUAGAUCACUUUUUAAAUAUGUUCGUGUAUUGAUUAUCGAUGAAAUUAGUAUGAUUGGAGCCGAGUUGUUGUCCCAAAUAGAUUCAAGGUUAAAGCAAAUCACCGGUAAUUUUGAAGUCCAUUUUGGUGGAUUAGAUAUAAUUUUGAUUGGUGAUCUACGUCAACUACCGCCAGUUCGUGCUACCCCAAUUUACAAACAAAUAAAACGACAAAUAGCAGGUUCAACACUAUGGCGAGGGUUGAAAUUUUUCGAACUAAACGAAGUUAUGCGACAAGCUAAUCAAAGUUUUGCAACAAUAUUAACAAAAAUUGGUAAUGGACAGUUGUUAGAUCAGGAAGAGCUAGAUUUAAUUGAGUCACGGAUUUACUCUGAAGAAGAAGCUGAGAGACUUUGUCCAGACGGUAUACGAUUGUUUUUUAAUAAUCAUUCAGUUGCUGAAUACAACAAUAAAAUUUUGAAUUCUAUAGAAGAAAAAGUGAAUUCAGAGGCAACUGAUAUAUAUAUUGGAUGUAGAAAUGUUGAACAGCAAACUUCUAUGCGUCAAAAAUUAUAUAAAAUGUCAACUAUUGAUACAGGAGGUUUGCCAUAUCAAAUUACAUUGGUUUUGAACAAACCAUACAUGAUAACAACUAACAUCGAUGUAUCAGAUGGAUUAGCAAAUGGUGCGACGGGAAAAUUAAUUUUCAUUGAAUAUAAUGACAAAGGAGAGAUAGGUCGUUUAUGGCUAGAAUUUCCAGAAUCUCCAAAAAUCGGAGAAAAAUUGAGAAGAAAGGCAGCGGCAUCAAUUCAAAAAAUAAUCUUCAUCCACUGGCAGUACCAAUAGAUCGCAGAACAUCAUCUAUACCACUAGUACCUAAUAAAACCGUUAUUGUAAAACGUAAUCAUUUCCCAUUAGUCUCUGCAUGUGCAAUGACGAUUCACAAGUCCCAGGGAGCUACUUUUGGUGAGAUUGUAUAUGAAUAUGAUAAAUCACACGUUCAACAACUCCUGUACGUCGCAUUAUCACGAGUUACAUCAAUAAACGGCUUAUAUCUCGUUUCAAAAAA